AUGGCGAACAGCCCGCGCAAGUCAAUUGAUAGCCUGGCAUCUGGCGCAUCCACGCCAUCUAUCUCGCACUAUUCCAUGACCCAGCUGGAGUCGCCUCGGGUUCCCCCUCAGCGAUACCCCCUGAGGAGGGGAUCUACAGCAAGCUCCAUCGUGAGUAUUGGAGGGAUCCUGGAUACCUCACAACAUCAAGGGUCAAUUGCAGAGUCAGGACAGAACGCCAUUUCGACACUCUUGCAACCCCCGAUUAUUCGAACCGGCCUAACACCUCAUACCGCUGUGUCGGCCACUGGAUACAAACCGCCGUCAUCCCGCGAUAUCCCACCGGUUACCUUGACCAAUAUUACCCAUGUAGACUCAAAGGCAUUUCAGUCGUACUUGUCGCAAGUCGGCUCGCUGUAUGAUGUUUUUCAACAAUCGAAGGAGAACAACGGAGAAGAAGGCGUAACAACUCCGAGCAUGAAAUCACCAAAGUCCGAGCAUAAGGAUUCUUUGAUGCCUUGGAGCCCGGAGCGGAGGUCUUCAACCAUGUCUACCAGCUCACGACCAACUUCUCCUUAUGAUCCACGAGGCCGACGACCCUCAUUCCGCGGUCGUGGCCCCGCAGUCACACCCCUAUCGACAAUUCCACCUGUGUAUCUUGAAGAAGAUUUUCAUCUCGAGAACCCGAGGACCUUUGACGUGAUAUCGGAAAAAUCAGAAGUGGUGCGACCACCUCGGCCUCCUGUAAAGGAUGACCAGUUUCCUAAUGGAGGCGCGUCGGAGCCCGCUCAUACCGGAAGAAAAGCACUUGCCACCAACGCUAUUCUGCAGGAGAAGCUUUCUUGGUACAUGGAUACGGUGGAAAUUCAUUUGAUUUCCUCUAUCUCAACCGCCUCUAAAUCAUUUUUUACAGCGUUGGGCUCAUUGCGCGAGCUGCAUGCGGAGGCGGCCGACUCGGUGGAACGAAUCCAGGUCCUGCGCCGAGACCUUCAGAAAAUUGAUAAGGAGAUGGCUCUGGGUGGUUUGAAGAUCGUCAACCUACGCCGUCGAAGAGAAAAUGUGCGCAUGCUAGCUGCAGCUGUCGCUCAACUUCGUGAUGUGGUAGAGUCAGUUUCUCGAUGCGAGGAGUUGGUUGAACAGGGAGACAUUGAGGUUGCCUCUGAUGAACUAGAAGAGGUAGAAAAAUUAAUGGCUGGUGAGAAAGUUUCCGAUCGUCCGGUCGAGAAAGAUGACAAGGACCUCCCUCGACGAGCGAUUGACCUUCGAGGCCUCAAGGCCCUUGAGGGUGCAUCGGAAGACCUUGCCCAGCUAAGACAGCGUAUUGGAAUGGGAUACGAAACCCGCUUCUUGAAUGAUCUUCUCGGUGACCUGCGUGAACACGUCCAGAACGUGUCUUCAAAUGUUACUUUACAGCGUUGGGGCUCCUCUUUCUUGCGGCAACGAGGCGGAAACCGUCCUGUAUCGAUGGUGUCUCCCGCGUACAUGAACAUUGAUAAUGAUUUACGAUCCAGAUUGCAGGUCCAGCUCACUGGACUUGCAAGAGCUCACUUCACCACGCCUGCGGCGACCUCCUUCAAGGGCGCUGUGCUGCGAGAGAUGAAAGGACUUAUUCGAAAACAUUUACCCAGCUCAAGUGAUGAUGACAAUGAAUCCAUGGUGUCUGUUUCCACUGUUGGGGACCGACAGCGGAGUCAGCAAGAGAAAUCCUCUAUUCUUGCACGUAAUUUGCGUGCCCUUGACCCUGAAGAUGCUUAUCAAAUGAUCUUAGGGGUCUAUACAGGCAUUAGUGAAUGCCUACGUCGAUUGAGUACACAAGUCAAGAUCCUCCUGGAUAUCGCAAGUGGCCUCGAAAACCCCUCGACCAACAGUGUGAAGUCCCCUCGAAGCCCCAACCCACAAACUAUGAACCAAACUAUCAAGUCUCUAGAUGGUGGUCCAUCCCCUUCUGCCCAGAUGGCUCAAGAUGAGAUCUUACAGGUGUUGGACAUGUCAAGUCUUCUUGGCCAGGCGGUAGAUAUUGCCCAGUCUCAGGUCACCAAAGUUCUGAAGGUUCGAUCUGAACAGACAGCACAACUGUCGAAGGAAGAGUUCCUCAAGUACUUUACUCUUAACCGUCUUUUUGCCGACGAGUGCGAAGCCAUUUCUGGCCGAGGCGGCACUGCACUUCGCACAAUUGUGGGUAAUCAGAUUCGCGAUUUCAUCACCCGCUUUGGUGAAGCUCAGCGUCAUCGCAUCGUUCAAGUCAUGGAUGCGGACAAAUGGGAUGCGCGCGAUUUUGGGGACGCUCAGGUCACCAUAUUGACUCGCAUCCUUGAUGCAAGUACCAAGGAUAUUGAGGCAUGGGUUGAGAUCUCCAAGAUCUGGAUCCCCUAUCACGAGAAAGAGCAAACGGACUCCUCAGAAAACAGCUCUCUUGCAAAUGGCUCAGGAAAAGAGAAAGUGCGCAGUGCGGUCAUUGACGAACAGAGAUACAUCCUGCCAGACUCGGCUGUUGCCAUUAUGCGCAGUAUUGAGGAGUUUGAGUUCCUUAUGGCCAACAUUCCCAACAUGAUUCAAGACAUUGCCCCUCAGCUGCUGGAGAUCCUCAAGCUUUUCAACUCCCGGUCAUCCCAGCUGAUCCUGGGCGCUGGAGCUACCCGUAGCGCCGGAUUGAAGAAUAUCACCACCAAGCAUCUCGCUCUUUCAUCCCAAGCAUUGAGUUUUGUUGUUGCUCUUGUGCCGUAUGUUAGGGAAUUUGUGCGUCGCCAUGGGCAAGGGAACCAGGUUAUGGCUGAGUUCGACAAGAUCAAAAGGUUAUGCCAAGAGCACCAGAACGGUAUCCAUGAGAAGCUUGUGGACAUAAUGAGCUCACGUUCAGCGCUCCAAGUUAAUGCGAUGAAGAAAAUUGAUUGGGAUGCCGAGAAUGACUCUUCUGCGGUCCAUUCUUAUAUGGAGACCCUAGCCAAAGAGACGGGCACUCUACAUCGCGUGUUGAGUAAACAUUUGCCCGAAAUGACCGUCGAUAUGAUUAUGGGGCCUGUGUUUAAUAGCUACCGAGACCACUGGGUCAAGGCUUUUGACGAGGCGAGCGUCCAGUCUGAGACUGGUAAAAAGAGGAUGCGAAUCGACAUCGAACAUUUCCGAACCAAGCUGAGCAAGAUCCACGGCGCUGGCGUCUUAGGUGAUAAAAUCCUCCAGCUCGUGCAAGCGAAGAGUGUUGCUGCCCCGUUAUUCGACUCGGAGCAGCCCGAACCUGCAGACGAAGAACAAGGCGACGACAGAGCAUCUGACUCUGCCAAGUCAUGA